CGGAAUCGAAUCGCUGUCGAAUUUAUAAUCCGCACGUGGAGUGGGGAGGCGUUAAAGGGCCGUGGGCGCGCACCCGUCCCAGACCCCCAGAGCCUCGGUGCGGCGGGGAAGGACGACCUCCUCCUUCCUCGUCAUCCUCCCUCCUCCUCCUCCAUCUCCUCGUGUGUCCCGCAUGGAGGAGCAGGGGGCCGGGCUGGUGCGGCGCCACGAAGGCGGCUGCCACUGCGGCGCCGUGCGCUUCCUCGUGUGGGCGCCGGCUCGCCUCCGCGUCCUCGACUGCACAUGCAGCAUUUGCACAAAGAAGCAAAACAGGCACUUCAUUGUCCCAGCGUCGCAAUUCAAGUUGCUGAAGGGAGCCGAGAACCUCACAACGUACACAUUCAACACGCACGCAGCGAAGCACACCUUCUGCAAGACGUGCGGGGUGCAGAGCUUCUACACGCCACGCUCCAACCCGGACGGCUUUGGUGUGAUGCCCCACUGUCUGGACUCUGGGACGGUAGACGGUGUCUCCGUGGAGGUAUUCGAUGGGCAGGAGUGGGAGAAGUCCAUGACUGAGCACGAAGACAUCCGUCGCAGAUCCCAGGAGUGAAUGAUCAGCUGUGCAGAGCCCGAGGUGUGACGACAUUCACACAAGGUGCUUCCGCAUACCUCGAUCUUGGUAAUGCUCUUCGGGUGGUCGGGCGGUUACGGUGGUGCACCCCCAGUUGUGGAACUCCCUACCAUGGUGAUGAGGCUCUCGAUGUGUUUUGGCAUCUCUAAAUCACGACUCAAAAGCUAUACGUUUAAAAAAGGUUUUCCAGAGUUUUGGUCCUCUGGCUAUAAUUGUGCCACCCAGUUCUCUCUUUAAAAAAAUGUCAUCCUUUCAUACACGGCACCUUCAGACUUUUUUGUGAAAGGCACCUAGUAAGUGCAAGUUAUUAUUAAGUGCCCCCAGCUUGAUGUGCAAACAACAAAAUGAAGUCACCGUCUUGCAUACCGCUAUGGCUUUGGAUGUAGUCCUGAGCAAUCAGUGCAUAAAAGGCAACAUAAUUUUAAAUAUCAAUUGUCUCAACUUGUCAUUCCACUCGCCUUGGCCCCUUUUGCAAAAAUGUCAAAUAUUUGUUUUGUGUGUGGUUAUAUAUCACACGCAAUGAUGGUUACAGAAAAUUACAGUUAUGUUUUUCCUGCAAUGCCGGCUUUCAGUGCCAACACUAAUUACAUUACAAAAAUAAACAAUUGCAAACCUUGUUCUACAA